GUGAGACAUUGCAUGCUUGAGUCACGGACGUAAAUCAUAACGCGGCCAGCAGGGUGUAUAAAUAACGCGUUGAAAUACAGGCGGUCACAGAGUUGGGUGUGGAGUGCAGUGACGGUCGAAUCUGGCUUAUUCUCCUGAAGACAUCGCUCUCUUUAAACUCCAGAAGAAGAAAAAAACAAGAUGACGAAAAUGUACAGUUGGCCAUCUGGAUUUAUCUUCGUGGUCGUUUUAGUCGCGUUCACGGGUCCCUCAUGGGCUCAGUAUUGCUCCCGUAGGAUCACGGGUUGUUGCCCGGGACGUGACGACAGUUGCACGGCACCGAUCGGAGACACUGCUUGCUACUGCGAUGACUUUUGUCUACGCUCCAAGGAUGCUGCGGACUGCUGUCCGGAUUUCUUCAACAACUGCACGGCACUGAGUCCACCUAACCCCAUAAAAACGCCAGAUUGUUUCUACGUGGGCAGCAGUUUCUUUGCCGGCGAUUCAUUCAAAGUCGACUGCAACAUCUGCACUUGUUUGCCGACGGCUGUUGGAUACGCAAUACAGUGUGACACCAACACGUGCCUUAUCAGAGAGGCGAUCAUAACAAGUGUUAACUCUGAACCCAAUGGAUGGCAAGCCGGAAACUACUCCUUCUUGUGGGGGAUGACCCUCGACGAAGGGGAACAGCGUCGCCUGGGUACCAAGAAGCCUGCCCCCACCGUCUCUGCCAUGAAAGAGAUCAACAUUGACGAGAUGGACGACCUCCCUGACAGUUUCGAUUCCCGCCAAAAAUGGCCAGGUUGGAUUGAGGGCGUCUCGGACCAGGGAAAUUGUGGCAGUUCAUGGGCAGUCUCCACAACGGCCGUUGCAUCUGAUCGUAUGACCAUCCAGUCCACAGGGAAGAUGUGGCUUGCCCUCUCGCCCCAAAAUCUUCUGUCAUGCAACACCAGGAGACAGCAAGGGUGUGAUGGAGGUCAUUUGGACCGUGCAUGGUACUUUAUGCGAAGAUACGGCGUUGUAACCGAUGUGUGUUAUCCAUACAAAAGUGGAAUGAGCGAUACUGCGAUGAUGAACAAGUACCCGUGUAUGUUACCACGUGAUCUGACCACACCCUGUCCAGCUCAUUACGUCACCUCUGAGAAAUACAAAGUGACCCCGCCAUACAGGAUAUCCGAAAAGGAAGAAGAUAUUAAAGCAGAGAUAUUCAAAAAUGGACCCGUCCAAGCUACAUUUCUCGUCAAAGAAGACUUCUACAUGUAUACCGGAGGAGUUUAUAAAUACACGCUGGGGCCCGUGAGUGCAGCUACUGAGCCUCCCCGGUCCGCCUAUCAUUCUGUACGGAUACUUGGUUGGGGAGUAGACCGCACAGAUCCUAACAUUCAGCGACCGUAUUGGUUGUGCGCCAAUUCGUGGGGCGAGCAGUGGGGCGAGAACGGGCUCUUCCGGAUCCAGCGUGGCAGCAACGAGUGUAAAAUUGAAUCGUACGUACUUGGCGUUUGGGGAAAUAUUGAUAUGGACAUGUAAGAGCCGUCGGGAAAAGUGAUGCGUACGUUUUAGAGAUGUAAACAAAUAAGCGAUAAUAUUGACAUUGAAACUGGGAAGAUGGACAUAAAUUUUAAUCGCCAGUAACAUCCUGGGAAGUCUAUUGGUUUUGUCGGCUUUUGUACUUGUGAACUUCCUAUGAAAUAAUAAUAACUUGAAGUGAGAAACACAAUACAAAUCACAUGAAAUAGGCCUACCGAUCCGACAACAAUGAACAUAACCUAUAUCGAGAGAAUUUAGUACUUAAUAUGAAAAGGUUCAUCAUGAUGCUGAAGUCGGUAUAGUAUACCUUGUGGUAAACAAAGACAACUGGGAGAAACAUGGGCAAUGGGAGACUUUCCACUGCUAGGUGGCAGCAGACUUACCGGGUAAAUUUCCAUUGUUUACGUAGUUCUGAAC